AUGUCCGGCCAACUUCCCUCCCCAGCGCCUAGUGACCGCCGGGCGCUGGCCGAACCGCUCUCCUUUGAGGACCUGCAGGCGGCGCUUGCCGAGGAGAAGAUUGAGAAUGCGAAGCUGGAGAACAAGAUUGUGCAGCUCGAGGCCAAGAUGGAGGCGCUCGAGAAGCAGGUCCGCGACCUCGCGGCCGAGCCCUGGGGCAAGAAGAAGGCGCGGCAGUCUAAGCAGCGCAAGCGCACCCGAGAGGAGGCCAAGAUGCAGAAGGCCAUCGAGCGCGGCGGCAAGGAGCCGCCGGUCAAGAAGGCUUUGUUGAGUGCGGCGUCUCCGGCUGCCCCUGAGGCUGACGAGGACAUGGUCGACGCCGAAGAUGGAGAUGACGUUCGUGUUGCGGAUGACGCAAUUGAUACUUGUGAUCCGAAUGCAGAUGACCAGACUGCUGCCGCCAGCGAAGGAGAUUUGAUGUCAAGUAUCGAGCCAAACGUUUCUCCUGUAUUUUCGCCCAUCUCGGCGGAGAAACCCAUAGGAGAUGGCGGGCUCAAAGCCAAGUGGAAGCAUGGGAUGCUGGAGUUGGAGAGGACUCAGGAGGCUGAGCGGGCGAUUCGCUCAGGCAAUCCGUCACCUCUCACUGCUGCUUCUUCCACGGUGCCUCUCCCGUCCAACCCUUUUCGGGCCCCUGUCUCGGAUGCACCAGACUCUCCUAGUGUAGCGGAGAAAGCCACCAUGUCGCUGAGAGGAGGUGCAGGUAAAUCGAGCACGCGUGUUUCGGAGCCCUAUACAAGCAAGGCUACCGUGGCAAUACAGGAGCUUGUGGACUAUUGGGCGAAGACUUUUCCUCUCAAGAAAGAGAACCUGCAGUCGUCGCACGAUCCGACCCUGGCGCAGAAACCUUACUCCCCGACCUUUCGUGGCCAGGGUUUAGAGCAGGCGCGGAAUGAGCAAGAGGAAGAUGAUUGGCCUGAGGAGCUGGAUCUUGCUGGUGUUACGAUCAUUGGCGAGGCCCCUCAGGAGCCACUCUCUCCAGCAAAGCCGGUUCUGAAGUUCCCUGCUGCGAGAUCAGUUGAUGUUCUGCGCGAGGAGGCCUUGAAACUCAAGAAUCGCGACCACCCGGUUUCUUCGGCAGAGGUUUUAGAAGGCUUGCGGGCGGCUAAAGAGGCGGCCAAAGCAGCCAUUGACGGCGAGGGAUCACAAACAGAGGGGGAGUCACGAAUUGCCUCUAUCUUCGCGAAGCGAAUAGCCGCUCGGGGUAGAGUCGGGAAGCCCACCACGGAACAUCAAGCCCAUCGGCCCAAACCCCUGAAGAAUAUGCCUCCUGCACAGUGGGAGUCGCCUAGGGAGACUUUAGCGGAUAAAGAUGCAUCGGGAACAAAAGCAGAUACUGAGAGGGCAGCCAAGAAGGCAGCCGGCGAAGAUGCUCCCUCUCAGGAGCUUUUCGAUUUCAGCGCCCCAGCGAUCGAUUCUCCGGCCUUCCAAGCCGCGUUCGACCACAACAGCCCGGAGCCUACCGCCAAGAUGAUCAAAAUCGACACACACCCAGGCUGGACCGGUCUGCCCCUGAAGUCGAUCUCGUUCGAGGAGUCUCUGAAGGAGCAGGACAAGAAGAUGGCAGCGUUCAAUAAGAAGCGAAAAGUGGGCGACCUGAGCGAGAAAUCCCCAGAUCCUUUCGAGUCUCCGCUUGUGAGAAGCUCGCCUCUCAGCCCUCUCAGCCCAAAGUCUAUACUCAAGUCUCCUUCUAAAGUUAAAGAUCGGCCACCAACACCUGGCUUGAGAACCCAGCGCGCUACACUACGCAACAGGCGUGCACUCGUUGAUCUCGCGGCCAAGCCAGAGGAAGGGCUUGAGUAUUUGCACCCACAGCGGAAAAGCCCCAGCACGAUUGCUAGAAUGAAGAGGGCCACAGUCACAUUUCAGCUACUUGACAAGGCCGAUAAGGGCAAGGAGUCUGUCAAUGCCGAUGCCGAACUUCAAGGGGAUGUGGCGUCACAGUCUGAUGUCACAACAUGGUAUCCGGUGGUUCACGACAAAGACCUGAGGAACUGA